AUUUCCUAAGUUUUGGAAAUUUGGCAACUUUCAAAAGUAAACAACUUUUUGGAUUCGUCUGCUAAUCACGUUACGGCCGUGUCUCGUUGGUGACUGGUGAAUAGCGUGAGGUAUAUUAAAGUUCGAAAUAGCAUGGCCACUCUUCAGGCGAUCAAAUACAACGACGGAAUUUUGGAAAUUCUCGACCAGUUGUUGCUUCCUGAAUCCUGCACUUACAUUUCCAUAAAUAAUGUGCAAGAUGCUUGGAGUGCAAUUCGUGAAAUGAAGGUUCGUGGAGCCCCAGCCAUUGCUAUUGUGGGUUCCUUGAGUCUGGCAGUAGAAUUGAGAAAGUUGGCAGCACCAGAGACGAAGAAAGACCUCCACUCGUUGGUUAAAGAAAAACUAGACUAUCUGGUGACGUCUAGGCCCACAGCUGUCAACAUGCAACUGGCGGCAGAGGCUUGUGUCAAGCUGUCCAAUGAUCUUGUAGACAAAGCUUCAGUGGAUGCAGCAGAAGCCAAAGAUGUCAUUGUCAAACAUUUGGAAGCCAUGCUGGCCAAUGACAUUGCAGACAACCUGGCUAUAGGGGAGCACGGAGCAAGAGACAUAGCCAAGAAAUGUGGGAACAAGGACAAGUUCAGAGUGUUGACUCACUGCAACACAGGAUCGCUGGCCACAGCAGGGUACGGCACUGCCCUGGGAGUCAUUCGCAGCCUGCACAAGGCCAACUUGUUGGACCAAGUCUACUGCACCGAGACCAGGCCCUACAACCAAGGUUCCAGACUGACAGCAUUCGAACUGGUCUACGAAAAAAUCCCUGCCACUCUCAUCUGUGAUGACAUGGCGGCUGCAGCCAUGAAAGAGUUCAAGAUCGACGCCGUCAUUGUCGGAGCCGACCGAGUGGCUGCCAACGGCGACACUGCCAAUAAAAUCGGCACCUACCAACUGGCGGUCCUCGCCAAAAGUCACAACAUUUUGUUUUACGUCGCCGCUCCGUUCUCUUCGAUAGAUUUCCAAAUUCCAAGUGGCCAGUCGAUUCCCAUCGAGGAACGUCCUCACUCCGAAAUGACCCACACGGGUUCCAUCCGCACGGCCGCUGCCGGCAUCAAUUGCUGGAAUCCAGGAUUCGACGUCACUCCAGCCCAACUCAUCACCGGCGGCAUAGUCACGGAAAAAGGCGUUUUCAAAUCCGACCAACUUGUUCCCGUCUAAACUCUUAUUCAUUUCACCCAAAUGAAUAAAUAAUGCAAAAUGUA